ACCAUUUUAUCACAAUUCACAAAUAAAGUUGCUACAUAAUUUGAAUCAAGGAUUACUUUAAUAUCCCUGAAAUCCUACUAAACAACGGGAAUUUAUUUCAUCAUAUUUGCAAUAAAAAAAGAUAGGAUUCAAGAAACAAUAGUCACAAUCAUUACAUACAUCAAAAUAUAUAGCCUUAAUAUUUUAUUUUGGCAACAAUUAUACCAAGCUUGAUUGGGACAAAUGAAAUACUAAAUGAGUGGUGACCAUGUGCACGUCUACCCAACAAUUAAUUAGGUAACACAACUUUGCUACAAAAUUAAAUUCAUUCUACAUUAUGUAUGCAAUUUCACACAUCAUUUAGUAAACCUUCGAUAAGAGCAAUAAUGAAUUUGAGCAAAAUAUUGUAGAAAAUCAAAAAACAAAUUGUAAUCUCACUCAUCUUCCUCGCACACGCACAAAGAUUUUGUGUUAUAUUACCUCCAUCCACCAAAUAUAGUUAUGAUAAUUGAUAUGAAUAUCACUUAUUUUAAAGCCAGAUUGAUUAAAUAAGAGAGAGAUGAAGAGAAAAACAGAACUAUUUUUCGUGAAUGGAGGUAGUUUUUAACAUAAUAGAGUAGUUAGUAUGUGAACACAUAGUUACCAACAUAAUUAAUUAUGUAUAUAAGACUAAAGGAGACUCUCCACACACAAGUUUGAGUAGAACAGAAACAGAAAGAUUUGAGAAAUAGAGACAGAGAGAGGUGCUUCUUACAAGAGAUGAACUAAACUGGGAGAGGAGAGGUACCUGGCUUCAACAUGGACCCUGCCGUGGCGUGUACCCCUGCCCGUUCGCCUUCUCAGCAGGACCAGAGAACCAUCGCAAGCUUUAUCGAAGCACAAGGUGAGACAGAUUGGUUCAGUGAGUUCAGCUUCAACCCCGAAUCCGAGUUUGGGAACAAGGUGAUGGUCGUUGUCGAUAACAGCCAUGAAGCUAGAGUGGCGCUCGAGUAUGCACUGUCCAAGGAUCUCCAGAGCAACGACACGAUUGUUCUGUUACAUGUUGCCAGAAUAAAUGAGAAUACGAACAGGGAGAUUGAUCCAAAGGCAUACGAUCUUCUGAACACUAGCAAAAAUAUAUGUCAACAAAAAAAACCUGAGGUGCGUGUGGUGAUGACAGUCAGGGAAGGGGUGGACAAGGGGGCGACCAUUGUUGAAGAAGCAAAACAGGAAAGGGUCUCGUAUUUGGUUCUUGGACAAAGAAAAAAAUCAUUUCUAGGGCGACUACGGAUGUUUUGGGCAUACAAGAGAAACGAGAGCGGAUUCGUGGACUACUGCAUCCAGAAUGCUGAAUGUAAGACAUUCUCAGUAAGAAGGAGAAACAGAAAAAUCGGAGGAUUUCUUAUUAAUACCAAACAUCUCAAGAACUUUUGGCUUCUGGCCUAGGAUAUCAGUACAUUCAUAUUUGGAGCUUCAACGAAAUACAGUGAUAUCAAUCACCAUGCUUGGAAAGAAGAAGAUUUGAAGUGAAAUGAUUUAAUUAUAUGAGUAAUAAAUUCAGCAGCAAAUUGUUGUUAUGAAAUAUUAGGAACAAAAUCAAGCACAAGAGUUGACUAUGAAA